CCUUUCCUUACCACCAGCAUCGCGACGCGACCGUGAAAUUCGUGUACCCAUCACCCGCCCCGUUAUGAAUCUGUCGGUGAAAUUGAGGCACUAGAGCAACGGUUUGGCAGAAGAUUCAAUUCUUAGGAAACGGACGUUCGUUACGGAGAUCACCCGCAAAGUCCUGUCAUGGACGGGAAAUAGCUUCUAUCAGUUUAAUUAAACGCCAGAAGGGCCACCAACCGCCGCAGCUGGCAGCACCAAUGAUGAGUCUUGAUACUCAUGGAAGCCUUGUGGUAAUGGCUCUUCGAAUGGAUGUCACUGGUGACGCAGACCCCGAAUCGUGUUUUCCACCUGUGCUUUCCUCAGGCUGUUUCAAGGCUACUCUAUAUAAACCCCAUUCAGCCCUCACGUUCCUUAAGCUCCUUCGACGACUCUUCCACCUGCGUCUCGUCCUUUCAGCUCGACCAUGGCACCAGUAGACGUCAUCCAAGGCAACGGAACAUACCGUAUCGUAAACGCCAAAUCCCAGACGUUGCUCGACCUUUCCCAAGGGGACCAGCGCAGCAUUAUCGGCUGGCCAAGAAAUGACGCCGCAAACCAACACUGGACUCUCCUCUGGGCCGGCAACGCGUGGCACAUCCAAUCCCCUUCCAACGGAUUGUACUUGGGCUUGGGCGGUUCUGGUACACCAGGCGAUGGUGUUCCUCUUAUUGCCACAGCAGAACCAACAACGGGGUGGGAUAUUUGGCAGGAUAAUGUGAAUCCAGAGGCUUAUCGAAUCUUCAUUCCAAAUACGUUUUUGAACUGGGAUCUUUGGGCUAAUGGCGAUGCCACGCCGGGGAAUCCUGUAACUUUAUGGACCUCAUGGUCUGGUAUUCAUCAGACGUGGAAGUUUGAGCCCGUCUAGACCAUUGUAUUCUCUACUACUUCCUUCAGUCCUUUGUCGUCCUGUUUUGCUUUCGAUAUGUAUGCACUGCCUAGUAACAUUAUUAUACAAUUGUGGUAUGUAGCUGCGGGUAACCUGUUUACGAAUUGGGCAUAAGCAAAAAAAAAAAGUGAGAAGUUAAACAU